AUGAGAUCGGAGAAAUCCCUGACGCUGGCGGCGCCGGGGGAGGUCCGUGGGCCGGAGGGGGAGCAACAGGAUGCCGGAGAGUUCCCGGAGGCCGCAGGCGGCGGUGGCUGCUGUAGUAGCGAGAGGCUGGUGAUCAACAUCUCCGGGCUGCGCUUUGAGACGCAGCUGCGCACCCUGUCGCUGUUCCCUGACACGCUUUUGGGAGACCCUGGCCGCAGAGUCCGCUUCUUUGACCCCCUGAGGAACGAGUAUUUCUUUGACCGCAACCGACCCAGCUUCGAUGCUAUUCUCUACUACUAUCAAUCCGGGGGCCGCCUGCGUAGGCCGGUCAACGUGCCCCUGGAUAUCUUUAUGGAAGAGAUCCGCUUCUAUCAGUUGGGAGACGAAGCUCUGGCGGCUUUCCGGGAAGAUGAGGGCUGCCUGCCCGAAGGUGGCGAGGAUGAGAAACCACUCCCCUCCCAGCCCUUCCAGCGCCAGGUCUGGCUGCUCUUUGAGUACCCAGAGAGUUCUGGGCCCGCCCGGGGCAUUGCCAUCGUCUCCGUGUUGGUCAUUCUCAUCUCGAUCGUCAUCUUUUGCCUGGAGACCUUGCCCCAGUUCCGUGCAGAUGGGCGUGGUGGAAGCAACGAGGGUAGUGGGACUCGCUUGUCCCCGGCCUCUAGGGGGAGCCACGAAGAAGAAGAGGAGGAUGAGGAUUCCUAUGCUUUUCCAGGUGGCAUUCCUCCUGGAGGGGUGGGGCCCGGGGCAGCGUCCUCAUUCAGUACUCUUGGGGGUUCCUUCUUCACUGACCCCUUCUUUCUGGUAGAAACUUUGUGUAUCGUCUGGUUCACCUUUGAGCUCCUGGUGCGCUUUUCUGCCUGUCCCAGCAAGGCAGCCUUCUUUCGCAAUAUCAUGAACAUCAUUGACUUGGUGGCCAUCUUCCCCUACUUUAUCACCCUGGGCACUGAGCUAGUGCAACGACAUGAGCAGCAGUCCGUGAGUGGUGGCAGUGGCCAAAACGGGCAGCAGGCCAUGUCCCUAGCCAUCCUCAGGGUGAUCCGCCUGGUCCGAGUGUUCCGCAUCUUCAAGCUUUCCCGUCAUUCCAAGGGGCUGCAGAUCCUGGGUAAGACCUUGCAGGCAUCCAUGAGGGAGCUCGGGCUGCUCAUCUUCUUCCUCUUCAUUGGAGUCAUCCUCUUCUCCAGCGCUGUCUACUUCGCAGAGGCAGAUGAUGAUGACUCGCUCUUCCCUAGCAUCCCAGAUGCCUUCUGGUGGGCUGUGGUGACAAUGACCACGGUAGGUUAUGGGGACAUGUACCCCAUGACAGUGGGGGGCAAGAUCGUGGGUUCACUGUGUGCCAUUGCUGGGGUUCUUACCAUUGCACUACCGGUACCAGUUAUUGUCUCCAAUUUCAACUACUUCUACCACCGAGAGACGGAGCAGGAGGAGCAAGGCCAGUACACCCACGUCACUUGUGGGCAGCCUACUCCGGACCUGAAGGCAACGGACAAUGGGCUUGGCAAGCCUGACUUUUCCGAGGCCUCAAGAGAAAGGCGGCCUAGCUACCUUCCAACUCCACAUCGAGCUUAUGCGGAGAAAAGAAUGCUCACCGAGGUUUGA